GCGGAGCGACGCGACCGAUACGCAUUGAUUUGCGAUUUUCGAUUCAAAUUCGCGAGGAAAGCUGUGCGAUCACGUACUGGAACAUUAGAAUUAGUCGAGAGCAUUUUUUUACUCUUUAAUAUAACGUUGAAUAACUAGUUUUUGUGAUAUUUUGGUUAAAAUGUGUGAUAACAAGUGAUUAGAUGUUAAAAAUGUAUAAUUCUAGAGGUCACUUCCUUUUCAUCAGCCAUGAAGAGAAGAAUAAAUUCAACAAAAUUCGUUAAGAAUUGACUACAAAAUUCAAAAAACUAAUUUUAGAUAUAAAAAUAUGGUGAAAACAAAACCACUGGAAACUGGGCCAACAACAAAGAUAAAUAUGAACGAUAUACAAAAAUUAGAAGCGAAUUUCCUCGCUGAUCGUCCAUUGCCAAACGAUGACAAUCAAGAUUUAGCAAAAACCCUCUCUGCAACCAUGACAAAAUCUUUGACAAUCGAAGAAAAGAAGUUUUUAUUAGCUGUGGAGCGAGGUGAUCUUGCUAAUGUCAAACGAAUGUUGCAACGAGCGCAUAAAUACAAUCUAUUCAAUCCAAACUGUGUUGAUAGUCUAGGAAGAACCGCCUUGACACUUGCCAUCGACGGAGAAAACUUAGAAAUGUUGGAAUUAUUAGUCGUAAUGGGUGUGGAGACAAAAGACGCAUUAUUACACUCCAUCAGUGUUGAAUUCGUGGAAGCAGUCGAGUUAUUAUUGGAACACGAAGAGAUUAUUCAUAAAAAGCAAGAUAAAUACAGUUGGCAAACUGUUGAUAAAAACAUCGCAACGUUCACUCCGGACAUAACCCCGCUGGUUUUAGCUGCACAUCGAAACAAUUACGAAAUUCUAAAGCUUUUACUCGACAGAGGUGCAACAUUACCAAUGCCACAUGAUAUAAAGUGUGGCUGUGAGCAAUGCAUACGUGACACAAAAGAAGACUCCCUGCGUCAUUCGCUCUCCAGAGUCAACGAAUACAAAGCUCUAGCGAGCCCAUCGCUCAUCGCAUUGUCCUCAUCGGAUCCGAUACUCACGUCCUUUCAAUUGUCCUGGGAGCUGAGGAACUUGUCAUUUGCUGAACCUGAAUGUAAAGCUGAAUAUACAGAACUUCGUCGACAAUGUCAACAAUUCGCAGUUGAUUUACUUCAACAAUCACGAAGCUCCCAAGAGUUGGCGAUCAUUUUGAAUCACGAUCCAUUGAAUCCACCGUAUGAAUAUGGUGAUAGAAUGCGUUUGAGUCGAUUGAAACUUGCGAUUGAAUAUAAACAGAAAAAGUUUGUGGCUCAUCCGCAUAUUCAACAACUGCUGGCUUCCAUUUGGUAUGAAGGUGUACCAGGCUUUCGACGCAAGUCAUAUGUAACUAAAGUGCUUCUUAUCACUCGAGUUGCUGUGCUGUUUCCGUUUUAUUGUUUACUGUAUUUGGUUGCGCCGAACACGGUGUAUGGAAGAGUGAUGAAGAAGCCAUUUAUGAAGUUUUUGAUUCAUGCGUCUUCAUAUUUAUUCUUUUUAUUAAUAUUAAGUUUGGUCUCACAAAGAGCAGAGUUUGAGAUUGUGGAGUUUUUUGGUACUGAUGAAAUGAAACAGACGAUUGCUGAUCAGAAUCGGAGACAUCGAGGCAACACACCGACUUUUCUUGAGUAUAUUAUUAUUAUUUAUGUUAUAGGAUUUAUCUUUGAAGAAACUAAUGAAAUCUACGUUAUUGGAAUACGAUCCUACCUUCGUAAUCUAUGGAACGCGAUUGAUUUUAUCCGUAACACGUUAUACUGCAUGGUGUUUAUUCUUCGUGUGGCUGCUUAUAUUCAGCAAGCAGAAGAAAUUCGACAAGACUCGCAGAAAGCCUAUGUCCCGCGAGAGAAAUGGGAUGACUAUGAUCCGCAAUUAAUUGCUGAAGGACUAUUCGCUGCAGCAAAUAUUUUUAGCGCCUUGAAAUUAAUUCAUUUGUUUUCUAUCAAUCCACAUUUAGGACCUCUGCAGAUUUCUCUCGGCAGAAUGAUUAUUGAUAUUGUUAAGUUUUUGUUUAUAUAUGCGUUGGUUUUGUUUGCAUUUGCUUGCGGUUUGAAUCAACUUUUAUGGUACUUUUCGGACUUGGAGCGGAAGAAAUGUUUUCCUGGUGAUCAUGGCGAAGCGGAUUGGAAAGGAAAUGGCGAAGCUUGUUCAAAAUGGCGCGGGUUUAUUAAUGUAUUUGAAUCAUCGCAAUCGUUAUUUUGGGCUUCCUUUGGGAUGAUCAACAUAAACAACUUUGAAUUGGAAGGAAUUAAGUCUUAUACGCGUUUCUGGGGUUUAUUAAUGUUUGGAAGUUACUCAGUAAUCAAUAUAAUCGUGUUACUCAACCUGUUAAUUGCAAUGAUGUCGAAUUCCUAUGCUAUUAUCGACUGCCACUCGGAUACCGAGUGGAAAUUCGCAAGAACUAAACUGUGGAUUUCAUAUUUCGACGAAACGCCAACCCUGCCGCCGCCAUUUAAUAUCAUUCCACAUCCCAAAUGGUUCUUCCGAAUGUGCGGGUAUUGCAAUGGCUUAGAUUAUAAAAAUAAAGGCAAAAAGUUAUCACAAGAUCCGGUUGAAAAGGAACACGCACGUCAUUCCAAUGUAAUGCGAGCAUUGGUUUGGAGAUAUGUCACUUCAAUGCAUCGUAAAUGUGAAGAAAACUUAGUCACCGAAGAUGACGUCAACGAAGUCAAAAACGAUAUCUCUGCCUUCCGUUAUGAAAUGUUAGAAAUACUCAAUCGAAAUGGUAUGGAUGUAAGCUGUGCCGAAAAGAAAGAAAAAUCCUGCGCUGGUAAACGAAUGAAAAUCUGGGAGCGUCGUCUAAUGAAAGACUUUAAAGUCGCUCCGGUUACACCAAUGCCUUCUGAAGAAGAAAUUCUGACUGAGAGUGACAGUGGGAAGAAGUCAGAAGAUUCUUUGCAUAGGUUUAGACGAGUUGCUAAACUAGCUUUAUUGCAAUCAAACUUGAACAAAUGGAAGGCAACAGUUGCAGGCGCAACAAACAAUCAGAUAGGUUCCUGUUUCCAUCCACAAUCGAUGAAGAAACAAAAAAAUAUCGCCAAAGCAAUGGCAGAAGCACGAAAACUGGUUGAAAGCAAACAAUUCGCUGCGAUUCCUGACCCUAUUGAACUGCCAGACACAACUUGUGAAGGCAUUUUAAAAUUAGUACAAUUAGAAUCAAUCACACCACUUAGUUCACCUAAGAAAAAGAAACGGUCCCCUAGAAUUACACCUCGUAGUAUAUCGCCACUAGUUGAAUCUUUGCAAACCAAUAUAAACACUAACCAGAAACAAAACAACAACAAUGAAAACACUGAAAGCAUCAGUGAACCUAACGCUAGUAUUCAAGGUGAUUACGAUUCCUAUGUUUCUCAUAAUUAUGCUGAUAAAAAUGAGGCUUUUUUAGAUUCUGACAGGGAAAAUAAUCGAAUUAAAAGUAAAAUGCUUCGAGAGAGAUUUUUCCGCGUAUUAAACAGUACUGAAAGUGAUGAAUUCACUUCAGGUACGUCUCAGGCUUCCGUAAACUCAGAUUUAGGCAACAAUAAUCGACUCAAUCCUCUUGAUAAUGUUAUAGACAGUAUUUUAAAACCUGCAGUUGCAACUGGACCAGAAUGCCUUGAAGUAUUGAACAAAAAUGAAGAAAAUGAUAGUUUAACGUAUGCAACUAAGCGUACACUAGAAAAUUGUUUGAACCAACCACAAGAUGCAAAUGUUUUCAAACAACUUGGUGGAAAAUGGGUUUAAUAUCAUACAAAUUCAUUUAUAACACGAUGUUUAAACUAAAUAA